AUCCCAUCACACUGCGCUCCAGAAACACACAGCAGUGAGUGUACGAACACCGUCAGACCUCUCAUUAAUCCUGUUCUCUCUCUCUCUAUAUAUAUAUAUAUGUAUAUUUCGGGAGUUUGACAUGCUGAGUACCGUACUGAAACAAUUGAAAAGCCACCCGGCUUUGAUUCCUCUCUUCGUCUUCAUCGGUGGUGGAGCGACCAUGUCUAUGCUUUACCUGGGCCGCCUUGCACUGAAGAACCCUGACUGCUCAUGGGAUCGCAAGAACAACCCAGAGCCUUGGAACAAACUGGGGCCAAAUGACCAGUAUAAGCUCUUCGCUGUCAACAUGGACUACUCCAAACUGAAGAAGGACAGGCCUGACUUCUGAGCAGAGCCCAGUGAAUCAGCUGUGUGUUAAACGCUGCACUUUCAAGUCUAACACAUCAUCAGACAGCAGAUCUUAUCUUGUGAAUGUGAAUCCCCAUUUUAAAUUAUUAAAGAACCUGAAAGGGAGCACAUACGCAAGCUGUAUUACCUGAAUGUCUAUCUUUUGACGGAAAUAAUAUUCUGUACAGAUACAAAUACUGUCACAUCAAGGGAAACAGCAUCAUGAAACCUGUAUCAAUAUCAUCUGUGCUGAACUUACUGUUAUCCAAAUAAACAUGACAGACAGCAA